AUGAGUGAACCAGUUGGCAAGAGUGCUAAGUCGGUUAAGCCCGCCCCUAAAUUGUUAAUUGCUUACAAUUCAAUUUCUGCAUCUUUGUGGUCAGUAAUCCUUUUCAACACUGUUUUCUUGGGUCUCGCUCUAGGUCAACCUCAUUUAUUUGAAAAGACCAAUAAAAUUACCACCUUCAUUCAAUGUCUUGCUGUGGUUGAAAUUUUUAACUCGGCAUUGGGGAUCGUGAAAUCUCCACUUUUUACCACUUUUACUCAAGUAUUUUCUAGGUUAUUAAUUGUAUUGGGUAUUUGCCAGUAUUUACCAAAUUCUCCUGCCAAUUCUCAUUGGUGUUACAUCACUUUGAGCUUGUCUUGGUCUAUUACUGAAAUUAUCAGAUACUCGUUUUAUGCAUCAAAUUUAGCGGACCCUGAAAAAGUUCCAUACUGGUUGACAUAUUUGCGCUACACUACGUUUUACGUGUUAUACCCAACUGGUGUGGCUUCGGAGGUGUCAAUGAUCUAUCUCUCACUUGGGGAAGCAAAGGCUGUUGUUGGAGAUUGGUACUAUUACUUUUUGGCUGCGACUUUGUUGACUUAUCCUCCAGGACUUUACAUGUUGUAUACUUAUAUGAUUAAGCAAAGAAAGAAGGUAUUAGGGGGCUCAGUCAAGGCAGAAAAGAAGAACCAGUAA